CUCCUUCCGGGACUGGGAGGCCGGCGGGCGGGCGGUGAGGGGCGAGGCAGCCGCACGCAGCUGUAGGGGCUGCCGUGCUCACCUGGGGCUGCGAGGCCGGAGCUAGCGCCGCCACCGGACCCUCGCGGGGGGGAGUGGCGCGGUUGCCCCCGCCCGGGUGUUGUCCCCUCGAGUUCUCCCCGGACCUGGUUGGCGCCCUGAGCCCCUGCCGCGGGAGAGAGGAGGAGGAGGAGGAGGCGGAGGUGCAGUGCCCGGGACUGGGGGUGGGCUCUGGGUGGAGAGGGGCUCCCCCGUCCCUUCUGGGAAUAUGGCGACCGGUGGCUACCGGACCGGCGGCGGCACCGGCGGCACUGGCAGCACCACCACGGACUUCCUGGAGGAAUGGAAGGCAAAGAGGGAAAAGAUGCGAGCUAAGCAAAGUCCGCAGGGCCUGACCACGGUCCCCGCGAGCGCGGUGGCGGGAGGAGUGGCGGCUACAACUGCAGCGGGGCUGGGGAGCGACGGGGUCGGCAAGCUCCUGGCCGGGGCGCUGGGGGUGACCCCCUCCUCUACUUCGCCCGCCCCCCCGGUCAAGGAGCUCCACAGCAAGCGCCCCCCCGGCGCGCCGGCACCUGCUGCCCCCGCCCCCGGGGGUAUGAAUCACCCCCUCUCCGUCGCGGGCAUGGCCCUGGCCCGAGCCCCCUCUGAACCCCGCCGAGCCGAGGACGAGCUCCCCAGCACCUCGGCCGCACCCCCCUCCUUGUCCCACGGCCCCGUCGCGGGCGGCCGAGCCGUGUUGGAAAGCGGGGUGCAGCCCCCCCUGGGCGAGCGGGAGGAGCAGGACAGUGCCAAAGAGAAAGGGAAGAGCUCCGGCCCCAGUGCGAGGAAGGGCAAGGGGCAGAUCGAGAAGAGGAAGCUGCGGGAGAAAAGGCGAUCCACGGGGGUCGUGAACAUCCCCGCGGCAGAGUGUCUAGAUGAAUAUGAAGAUGAUGAAGCAGGCCAAAAAGAGAGGAAAAGAGAAGAUGCUAUCACACAAAAGAAUACGAUACAGAAUGAAGCUGCAACCUCAGAUCCUGGGGGUUCAUCCCUCUUGCAGGAAACAUCUAGGACUGUUUCAAGUAGAUAUAAAAGCACAAAUAUUACCCCAGAAGAUGACGUCUCAAGUCGAUACUCUCGAACAGACAGGGUAGGGUCUAGGUACAACAGGGAUCCAGCUGCCCCUCCUCAUUUAGUCACAUUGGAAAAGAAGAUUGAAGAUCUUGAAAAGGAGGUAAUAGAUGAGAGAGAAGAAAACUUAAGGCUCCAGAAACUGAUUCAGGAUAAAGAAGAAAUAAUUGGAAAACUCAAAGAAGAAAUUGAUUUAUUAAAUAGGGACCUAGAUGACACAGAAGAUGAAAAUGAACAGCUAAAGCAGGAAAACAAAACCCUUUUGAAAGUGGUUGGGCAGCUGACAAGGUAGAAGAUCCCAGCCUCCGUGAGGAGAAUGAUUUGUAAAACUACUGAUUGAAUGUUGAGGUCAAUUCUAGGGCAAUAUUUCCCAUGCUGCAAUACAUUAAAAUAACUAAGUGUGUAUUUAUUUCUUGGAAACUGAUGGAUGUUUAUUUUCAUAAUAUUUUUCUUUUUCAACAUCAAUAAAAAUAAGGUAUCCACCUCAUUUCAUGAAUAAGCAACAUUUUUCAGUUAUUGAAAUAGUUGAUAAGGGGCUCUGAAAUUCUCUAGUUUUAUGUAUUCAAAUAAUAUGGUCCAAAAUGGCUCAGACUAUGUCUUCACCUCUGGUGAUGUAUUUCCCUCCCAUCCUCCAAAAAAAAAAAGCAGAAAAAGGAAAGUAAAGAAAUAGAAGUAUAAAGCUUUGUUUACAUAGAUCCAAAUAUAUUUUGGGAGUUACUUGCUGUUUGAACAGCUGGAAAGUGCAGAUGCCUUAUUAGUGAUGUGUAACAUUUUUGCAUAUCGAUGGCUCACUCUGACAAAGAUCUUGGUAUACCAUUGUUCAUGGGGGUUUGUUUUUCUUAUUCUAAGAGAUUAGAAUAAUAGGCGUGCUCUGUUCUGUAUUGCAGCCGUCUUUUUAAAGAAAGCUGUUAUGAAAUUACAGUCAAUCUCAUGUAGUAGAGUUCAGCUAGAUAUAAUUUUUUGUUUUUUUUUUUUAGAAAAGUACUUGAAUUGUGCUCCAUAGUAAGUACAAAUUUACCGUCUUCGGUCUGUAUAUUGAGAAUUUUUAAAAAGCGCUUUAACUUCUGCAAAAAACGUAUAAAUGUAAUGUUUAUGUAAAUGUUCUUAUGAAGUUUGUAGGUACUAUUUUUUAUUGUUUGGAGUAGGUUUAUUAGAACAUGUUUGUAAAGAGAAAGAUAAGAGAGCAUGUUUGUAAAAAAGGAAGUUCAUUGUUCAAGCCUAUACACAAUUUCAGUUUAUAAUAAAAUACAUAUUCUUAACAUCUUUUUGCCUUAAAAUAAAAAUGAAAAUGUUUAUCUGGACUUAAACAAUUAUGGUAUUAUGUGAGCAUUAACUGUCAUAAGACUAAUGUCAAUUGCAUUCUGUGUUGUCUGUUACUUAUAAAUUGAGAUAAAUUCCUACGUGGUGUGUAUUGUCCUUCUGUAACUAGAGAUUUCCCACCCCAAAUUGGAAGCAAUUUGUAUUCAUUAUUUUGGAAUUUUAGGAACAAAUAAGAAUCUUUUUUCUUUUAAAGAUUUACCAGUUGUGAACCUAUUGUUAACUUGAAUUUAACAGUAGUACAAUGCUCUUUUACUCCAAAUAUACAUUUUGAAUACUUUGGGGGGGGGGUGUAUUCUAAUAUUCUUUAGAAGUAGCCUAACGUUUGGAUCUGUUUGAACCUUUAACAUCAAUACAGAAAUUCUCUCCUGAUUUUUCUCACUGUUUCUACCUUCUGUAGAUAUGUCCCAGAGUGCGCAUUGCAGGUCUAGACUGAGAGAGAGCUGUUCUGGCUACCUCAUUUAACCCCGUCCCCUUUGGUUAUCUCCUACCAUGACUGUCCUUUGUACUGAGAAGAGAAGGGAUGAUUUUGAGGGAGGUAAUACAUGCUGAUUGGUGUAGUUUUAUUUUUACUUAACUUUAGUUCCCCUAUAACCUUAUUUCUAGACACUGUGCCUAGGAACUUGAUAUACCAAGACAGAAGUAAAAUGAUUCCUGCCCUCAAGGAGGUUAUAUUCUAUUGGCUAAUAAAUUGAUGCUGGAAAAUUCA